AUGGGAGAAGAUCUCUUCUGGGCGAUCCGCGGUAGUGGUGGUGCUAGCUUCGGAGUUAUCCUCUCUUGGAAAAUAAACCUAGUCGAUAUUCCAAAGAUCUUUACUGUGUUUAGGGUUAACAGAACAUUGGAACAAGGUGGAACCGAUGUUCUCUACAAGUGGCAGCUUGUCUCGUCCAAACUCCCUGAAAGUCUUUACGUCAGAGCAAUGCCUAAGGUCGUAAACAAAACCAUCGCGGUCUUAUUGUACGCUCAGUUCUUGGGUCGAGCUGAUGAGCUUGUGUCGAUAAUGAACCAAAGCUUACCUGAACUUGGGGUAAAAAACCAAGAAAUGAGCUGGCUUAUCACAACGUUGUUUUGGGAAGACCUACCUGCCGGUACACUGACAAGUGUUCUCUUAGACAGACCGUCCAAACCGGAAAAGUUCUUCAAGAGCAAAUCUGAUUAUGUCAAGAAACCAAUCCCUAAAGAAGGAAUCAAGAAGCUAUGGAAGGCAAUGUUGGAGUUCAACAAUGAUGUGUAUAUCGAGUGGAACCCUUACGGUGGCGUGAUAGACAAGAUUCCGGCGAACGCCACCCCGUUUCCCCAUCGGAAAGGUAACUUGUUGAAGAUUCAAUAUUAUACGUCAUGGAUGGACGCAAACUCAAAAAUGGGCAGUCUGAAUAUGAUGAGGAAGUUAUACGAGGUUGCGGAACCGUACGCGUCAAGUAACUGUUGGGUUCCUUCUGGAUGGAGGAAACCCAUUGGGUUUGGUUGGUGA